AUGGGCGGACCAGAGGCAUCUGAGCCCAACCUGAAGCUGCGCUCCAAGCUGAAGCAGAAAGUGUCCGAGCGCCGGAGCAGCCCUCUGCUGAGGAGGAAGGAGGGGCCCAUCACCUCCACGAAGAAACGCUCCCUCGACACGGCCGAGUCUGUGUGUAACAGCGCCCCUGGUUCAGGCCCCAGCUCGCCCAACAACAGCUCCAGCAACAUCCCCAAGGAGAACGGCAUGGCUGUCUCCUGCAGCCAUGUGGAGGCCUCCCUCCUUCACAGGCUGGCGGGGAGAGACGGCCCCCUGAGCCAGCUCUCUCUAUACACAUCUCCCUCCCUGCCCAACAUCACCCUGGGGCUGCCUGCGACCGGCCCAGCUAGCGUGGUGUCAGGCCCACAGGAGGGUGAUAGCAGGCUGGCUAUGCCAGGGCUCCAACACAGCCUCCCCAUGUCCUCCCCCUUCCUCCCGGGGGCACACCUGCCCCCCUACCUGGCCUCCUCCCCCCUGGAACGAGAUGGCGCAGGACACAACCCCCUCCUGAAGCACAUGGUCCUCCUGGAGCAGAGUCACAGUCCCCUGGUGGCAGGUCUGGGAGGCCUGCCCCCCCCCUCCAUGGCUAAGCUCCAGCGGCAGCACCGCCCCCUGGGCCGGAACAGUCGGCCCCCCCUGCCCCAGAGCCCCCAGGCUCUGCAGCAGCUGGUGGUGCAGCAGCAGCACCAGCAGUUCCUGGAGAAACACAAGCAGCACUUCCAGCAACUGCACAUCAACAAGAUGAUGUCCAAGCCCAGUGACCCGGGGGCGGGGGCGGGGCCUGGUGUGGGGGCGGGGCCAGGCCGGCAGCAUGAGAGCCACCCGGAGGAGACUGAAGAGGAGCUGAGGGAGCACCAGGCCCCCCAGGAGGGAGGCCGGGCCCCCCAGGAGGGAGGCCUGCCGCGGGGGCGCACCAUCAAACAAGAGCCCCCCGACCCCCACGAGGAGGACAGGGACCAGAGGGAGAGACAGGCCGAUCAGGAGAGACUCUUCAGACAGCAGGCCCUGCUGUUGGAGCAACAGAGGAUCCACCAGCUGAGGAACUACCAGGCGUCUCUGGAGGCUGCUGGCCUGUCAAUCACCUUCCCAGGGCACCGCCCCCUCUCCAGGGCCCAAUCAUCUCCCGCCUCCGCCUCCUUCCCCGUCGUGGUGCAAGACCCGCCCACCAAACCUCGGUUCACCACCGGUCUGGUGUAUGACUCCCUCAUGCAGAAGCACCAGUGCAUGUGCGGGAGCACCAACACACACCCGGAACACGCCGGACGCAUCCAGAGCAUCUGGUCCAGGCUGCAGGAGACUGGACUCCGGGGGAAGUGUGAGUGUAUCCGGGGCAGGAAGGCUACUCCAGAGGAGCUCCAGACCGUUCACUCUGAGGCCCACGUCCUGCUGUACGGAACCAACCCUCUCAGACAGAGACUAGACAGUUCGGUGACCCCCAUGUUUGUGAGACUGCCAUGUGGAGGGGUGGGGGUGGACAGUGACACCAUCUGGAACGAGGUCCACUCGUCCAGCGCAGCGCGUCUGGCCGUGGGCUCCGUGGUCGAGCUGGUCUUCAAGGUCGCUUCUGGAGAGCUCAAGAAUGGUUUUGCGGUGGUCCGGCCCCCAGGACACCACGCAGAGGAAAGUACCCCCAUGGGCUUCUGUUACUUCAACUCUGUAGCGAUCGCAGCCAAACUGCUCCAGCAGAGGUUGAGUGUCGACAAGAUCCUGAUAGUGGAUUGGGAUGUUCACCAUGGCAACGGCACCCAGCAAGCAUUCUACAGCGACCCCAACAUUCUGUACCUGUCUCUUCAUCGCUACGACGACGGAAACUUCUUUCCUGGGAGCGGAUCACCUGACGAGGUGGGCAGCGGGGCAGGAGUGGGCUUCAAUGUGAACGUGGCCUUCACAGGAGGACUGGAGCCCCCGAUGGGAGACGCAGAAUACCUCGCUGCCUUCAGGGCAGUGGUGAUGCCCAUAGCUAAUGAGUUUGCUCCAGACGUUGUUCUGGUGUCGUCGGGGUUCGACGCCGUGGAGGGCCACAACUCACCUCUGGGAGGAUACCGCCUCACCGCCAAGUGUUUUGGCUACCUGACCAGGCAGCUGAUGGGGCUGGCUGGGGGCAGGGUGGUGCUGGCGCUGGAGGGAGGUCACGACCUCACGGCCAUCUGUGACGCCUCGGAAGCCUGUGUCUCUGCUCUGCUGGGGAACGAGCUGGAGUCGCUUCCUGAAGAGGUUCUGACCCAGAGGCCGAACGCCAACGCUGUCGUCUCCAUGGAGAAGGUUCUGGAAGCUCACGGUAAAUACUGGCACUCCUUACAGCGCCUGGCCUCCACGCUGGGCUGCUCCCUGAGCGAGGCCCGCAGAUGUGAGGCAGAGGAGGCAGAGGCCGUCACCGCCAUGGCCUCGCUCUCCGUGGCCAGCAAGCACAUGGGCAACAGGCCGGAGGAGGAGCCUAUGGAGGAGGAGUCUCCCAUGUAGAGACUUGUCUCUGACAUCCCCCUGAGCCAAUCACCAGUCUCCGUUUCAAUUUGACCCGCCUCCUCUGCUGUGUCCGAGCAGGGCGUGUGCUCCUGAGGGCUCUCCUGCAGGGGGCGUCCAGACACGACCAACAUCUCCCUCACGGGAACCCAAUCGACCAAUCACCGUAGGUGUUGUUGUCUGUACAGGAAGUAGGAGGCGACCAACCCUAGUCCUCAGUUGCCAGGUCUGCUUCUCAGGACCCUUUGGGAUUUAAGGGGGGUUAACCGUCCCACUCUGGCAACCUUGAGUGCCAGUGCUUUUAAACAGUACGUAAACACGAUGUAUGAACCAGUCCGGUCGUUUCAUCUGCUGCUGGAUCCUUUCAUCCAGGCAGCCACAGCCUGAGACGUAACGAGCCACCUGCUGCUUCUGUUUCUGGAAGACACUGAGGAAGGAGAGAUUUUUGAGGGUUUUUUGAGACCAGGUGUUUUGCUAAAAGGAGAUGCGAGGAAAGAUGAUGAUGAACAGUAGUUCUGGUCAACGACAGAUAGUGAAAGACUGUGAGUUUGUGCCUUUUGCCUGCCUGGUGCAUUUUCACGCUGAACUCAGUGAAAGAGCUUUGCCUUAAAACCAGUUUUGGGGGAGAAGACCCCCAAUCUCUUCUACCUUCUCAUCCUUGAUCUCGGCGAGGCUGUCGAUGUCGGUACAAUGUUGGCACAUAGGACUGGGAGGCCCUUUGCAUGUUUACCCAUAAUCCCCUGCGGCCAACCUACUGUCCCACCUUGUUCCUUUUCACUCUGCUCCCCCCCCCCCCCCUAUCCUUCCCUGCUCCCCCUUAGCCUUUGAACUGUAGUGUGGAGGUAGUUGUUAGCUACACAGGACAUAACAUGGCUGGAGUCUUUCUCUCCUGGGAGCGAGCGAGCGGGCUGAAAGGUUUAGCGUCGCACCAGACAUCAGCCCUCUAGUGAACGUUAGCAUGCACUGUAGAGGAGCUACCUGCAGUUGAAGGAACUGCUGUUCAAAUGUAUUAGAAGUCAUUAACAAGCCAAAGCAUGACGUCUUAUAGUCUCAAACCACUUAGUAUUACAAACAUAUACGACAGGCUUUGCUAUUGUUGCUGAACACUCAAGACGCUUGUGGUGGUCACGGAUCUGUAAAAGAAACACACAACACAGAACUGACCCACAAAAUAUCAUCGUAGUCUGAUGACCAGAUGUUUUGUGGUAGGAAAACGAAUGUGUGCUUUUUCAGUUGUUCGUGUGUAGAUCCUGUGGUCGUGCGUCUGUUGUCCAGGGCAGGUCCCGGCCUCCUCCACCCGACCUGGGCCGGGCCGGUCGCCGGGCCUGUCGCCGGGCCUGUCGCCGGGCCUGUCGCCGGGCCUGUCGCCGGGCCUGUCGCCGGGCCGGUCGCCGGGCCGGUCGCCGGGCCAGCCGAGUGGCCCUUCAGGCGUUAGGUGCUACCGAGUGUGUGCUUGUUUUUAGUCUUUGAGGUGGUCUAUGGUAGACCUACAGUCUCUCUGCACAGGUGAGGCACGGGGAACUCAUUUGUACUUUUUCAUUCAACUACUCGCAGAUCAUGAAUUACAUGGAUCCCUGUAUCGACAGCAUGCUAUCUGACGGAACUUGAAUUUGACGUCCGUAACUCUUUAGAGACUCUUAAUGACGGCUACAGUAUAGAUCACUGAACUCACAUCUUCACCAACUCAUUUUUAGCCUUUUGGCAACUACCUUCAAGAUUGUUUCUUCAUCGAAGUGGUAGUCAUUUGUGUAUUGUACUUUCAAUCGACAUGUUUGAAACAGUGAAACACAGUAGUGAUUGUUAUUCCUCUUUGGUCAUCUGGGUAUUUUUACCACAGAAUAGUUUUUGAUGACUACUCCAUUUUGUGUUUGUUCCUUUCACGUUUGUGUUUUUCUUUCCUGUCUCAUUUUUGAUGUUGUCUUUACCAAGUGGACUCCAGUGUCUUAAGUUUCUUUCUUUUUUUAACCUUUUUUAAAUAAUUUUUCUUGUCAUUGUGUUGUUUUGAACCUUGUGUAUCUCCUUCUGUUACACAUUGUACAGUUGACACACUUUACUACAUGUGAGGGUUCAGAUCCUUGGUUUUGAUGAGCAGCCGUUUCCUGACGUCGUCAGGGGAGGGCUGGGGGUGCAAACAUUUCUACUUUGUAUAAUGAUUCCAACAAUUGUGUAUUUACUAUACUGUCUGUUCAUAGUAGAUUUCUAUAUGAAAAACUCUAAGUAUAUUAUAUAUUAUAAGAUAUUAGAAACUUGUUUUUUGAAGUUAGUAUUGCAAGGCGACAUGUUCAUAUUUCAUUGGCUGGUCUGACUCUCUGCUGUUCACUGUUUGUGGCUGCCAUUGGCUACGUGUUGAGUACGGUAAAUCCUUAUUGGGUGUCGUUUUUCUAUGGCUGUACAUGACUGGCAUUGCCUUUGUCAACUCCACUAAUGUGCUGUUUUCCCAUAUUUUGUUACAAAAGCUCUAAUAUUCCUUUUAUGUAUCUAGGCACUUUCUCCCAGUGAAACUGUACAAACUUAUUUCUUGAGUUGAAAAAUGUUAUAGUUGAGAAUACCAACUUGUUAUAUCUGACCAAAACUGACCCCCUUCAUCCACUCUCCUGCUCCUUCUAGAGACCCUUCUACUAAGGAUCUCAAUACUCUUAAGGAGGGAACUUUUCCAGUUGAGCUUCGAAAAAAAGUGCUAGGAAUAGAAUCAGUCCAUGUUAUUUUUUUUACCGGUUCCCUUUGAAACACUGUGAUGUUGUGCACCAGGACAAGCUACAGGUCCUGUUGUGUUCUUCAUGUCGUGGUGCCACAGCUCCUCAGGUGUCAGGUCACCCUAACCGCUAGAACCGUCUCCCCCCUGACCCUUGACCCCUGAGCCCCAACACAUUAGUUUACCAGCUGCAAAUGUCCAGGAGGUCCAGAUUUGGGUUCCAUGUUCUGCCUCAGUCAAGGUAAGAAACCCAACAAACCUUUGAUUUAUUCAAAAGGAAAUGGAGGGUUUAUGAAAUCAGGUGGUAAAGUGUGUUUCCCAUACUUUUAUCAAUCCAAUGCUUUGGAAUGUGUGGGAAUCACUCAAAGAAUGGUACAGAAUUGGGAUGUUAAACUAGUAACUAUUUUUGGGCAUUAAAUCUUUGUUUCUGGUUCUAUGUUUUCCAUUGCACUUGUCAUUUCCCUUGGAAGUUAAUUCCUGAUUGUAAUCCAGAAGAGAUUCCUUCAAACAGCGAUAUGUUAGAGAAGGUCACCAAGAUGAACAGAGAACAUUGAAUGCCUUUUACAUUUGCAAAGAUUCUGAUGUUUCACUAAUAGUUUGUGAUUAUUUGCGAGUGGAUUGUUACCAAGUUGCACAAAUCCCGCCCCUUUUCUAAGCCUCGCAAUGCCUUGAAGCACCCGUCAUGUUUAAUUUCUUUAAACUCAAAGAGUCAUACAUUUGUAAAAGGGACUUUACUUUCACCUGGUUAUUCUUGCGUGGAAGCCAGGUAGUCUGUCAUAGUCAAAGGAAAAAACUUUACAAUUAACGUUAAACAAGAAAGAACAUUCCAUGAGUUAUUUUCUUUGUAUGUUAUUUUGUAUUUAAAAGAAUUCUGGGCAUUUUUUUUUCUUCAUCUGACUGGGCCUAAGGAUUGUUGGUUGUUUAUUGUAUUGGCCUAGUUAGAUCUGCUCUCUCCUCCUCACCUGCUCCUGGCCUCCUCUCUGCAUGGUCCUAGCGUCCGCAUGUCUCUGUCCCCUGUAACAUAUCUGCACAUGAGCACUGAAGGACACCCACACUUAACCUGCAUCCAGAGAGAAAGAGCGACAUGGAGCCUCGCUCCUCCUCACUCUAAGGGUUCCCUGAGCGGUUUGACAGAAACAUGCUUUCUGUGUCCAACAGACAUUCUUUUUACUUAAAGAAACAAACAAAACAAAACUGAAUGAUGGGGGGGGGAGGGGACAUUUGAAUAUUUUACAAAAACAAUCUUUUAUCUAGCACUUGUGACAUACUGACAAUAGAUUUUAUUGUAUUUAUGUAGAAUAUUGUUUUAGGGGUAGCUAACAACAGGUCGAGGACUGGGUGGAUUCACUUUUAUGGGCAUCAUGGAUGGUUUGGGGAGGGAGGGAGGGAGGGCAGUAUCAUUUGAAGUCAUCUGGCGUUAUCAAAGGGCUCUGUCCAGAUGGCUGGGUUAUCAUUGUUGUUCAGUUCCACUUCAGCCAGUUAUGUCUGUGACCACUGUGGUUAAAAUAAACAGUUCUAGGUUUACAAAAUGUAUUAAAUGAAUAUUGUUUUUUUAUUGUUUUGUUUUAACUUGUUCUCCAUCGUUCCAGAAUAGUACUUGUUUCUUGGGACCUUUUCUCUAACAUGUUUUCUUUGACACUAUAUAAAAUAUCAAGUUUUGGAAAA